CUCCUACCUUGUGUUGAGUUCUAAAUCUUUGUUGAACUAUACAGCUUUUGUGUUUUAAGCUUUGACAACAACAAAAAGAAUUAUUGCGAUGAGCUUCAUGGGAGGAAAAGGACUAUCAACAACCCACUUGUUGAACUUGAUAGUGAAUACAUUGUAUAAUAAAUUUGUUGGGAAGGAUAUUAAGGAAUUUGACGGAUUCAAAGAUGGCAUUCUUGAUACCUUCAACACUAUCAACAUGGCCUUACCCGGCAAGCAUUAUGUUGCACCAUCAUAUAAGGAUGUAAAGGACUUGUUCGAAAAAUGGAAAGAAACCAAUAAGGAAGACCAAAAGAAGAUGUUCACUAAAUUCAUCAAUGAGAAUGUGAAUCUCAACAAAGCAGAUGAAUCUAUGUUAAUCACUGCAAUAGUGGCACCACCAGCAGCCAUGAUGGCUAAGAAAGCAGGACAAGUAGUGCCUCAACUUGCACUUAUGAAUGCCAUACCUGAUGUUGUGUUUGUGCCCUCUGCUACACUUUUGGCUCUCAUUGCUAUUAAGAUCAUAAAAUUAACCUUCAUUGGAAAUACAACAUCCAAGGAUACAGAGUCAAAUGUUCAACCUACACCUAAACAAAAACUUCCAACUACAACAGCAUUUGAAAAAGAACCUCAAAUUGCAACUGCACCUACAACUGAACAAGAACCUCAGCCUACAACUGCAAUUGAAGCAGAACCUCAAAUUGCAACUAAACAAGAACCUCAGACUACAACUACAAUUGAAGAACCUCGAAUUGCAACUGAACAAGAACCUCAGACUACAACAGCACCUGCUAUUGAAGAAGAACCUCAAACUACAGCUUUAGCUGCAACUCCUGUUGAAGAAGAACCUCAAACUACAACCGCACCUUCAUAUAUACCUCGACAUGUCCACAAGGACAACAUCAUUUGCCCCUUAUGUGAAGAGCUAAUUGCUAAGGCUAAGAAGGAAGCAAAAAGGUCUGAUGCUGUAGCAUUGAAGACUUAAUGCCAAGCAUUAAAAAUGAAGUUGGAAGCCUCCUCAAGAUGCCUAACGUCAUGGUGCUUGAAACUAGCCAAAAAUUUGUUCCCUGUACACAUAGUGCUUGAGCAUAGGAAUUGUAAUAGCAUGGCAUUAGGCUUGGAAAAGGAAAAAGAGUAUGGCAUACUCGGCAAUUUUAGACUUUGUCAUCUACCAAUACAUGUGAUUA